CUCAUUAGCUAUCGACUCGGUUAUCCUUCAACUCGUUGGUUUAUCCAAAGUAAUACAUUUAGACCAGAUGUAUCCUGGAAAUGCCGGUAAGCCUCCUGGGGCUCAACAACAACCAUUCAAGUGGAUGGGAUUCGGAAACUCUCAACAACAACCUCCUCCACCAUUCGCACCUGGUUACAGCAACCAACCACCAGGACCACCACCAGGACAAUAUCCAGGACCACCAGGACCACCACCACCAGGACAAUAUCCUGCUCCAUCAGGACCACCACCACCAGGACAAUAUCCAGGACCAUCAGGACCACCACCACCAGGACAAUAUCCUGCUCCACCUGGACCACCACCACCAGGCCAAUAUCCAGGACCAUCAGGACCACCACCAGGACAGUAUCCUGCUCCACCUGGACCACCGCAAUUUCAGCAGGCGCCAGGAGGUUAUCCUGCUCCAGGGCAGUUUGCGCCAGCACCCCAGAUGCAUCAGCAAUGGCAAGCACCACAGGGAUACUUUCAGCAAUAUGCAUCACACUUUUCAAACUGUCGAGGCAGAAAAAAGGGGCUGUUGAUUGGAAUCAACUAUUUCCGAACUCCUAAUGAACUUCGAGGAUGCAUUAAUGAUGUGCACAAUAUGAAAACUUUUUUGUGCAGCAAAUGGGGUUUUAAUGAUGCACAGGAUAAUAUGGUGAUUCUUACUGACGAUCAGACAAACAUGCACUUCCAGCCAACCCGAUAUAAUAUCAUUGAAGCAAUGAAAUGGUUAAUCCGUGGCUCUCAACCUGGAGACUCAUUAUUUUUGCAUUAUAGUGGUCAUGGAAGUCGUGUAGAGGAUUUGAAUGGAGACGAGUCUGAUGGGUACGACUCUACAAUUUGUCCAAUUGAUUAUCAGAGAGCAGGAGAAAUCAUUGAUGAUGAGAUGAAUGAUAUUCUUGUCAAACCAUUGCCAAUGGGAGUACGUUUAACUGCCGUUUUUGACUGUUGCCAUAGUGGUUCAGCACUAGAUUUGCCAUUUACUUACUAUCCAGAUGGGCGACUCAAACAGAGCUCUAAAAUGAAGAAACUAGGAAAUGCAGCAAAAGACACUGUCAUGCAGUAUGCCCGAGGAAAUCUUAUAGGAGCAGUCACAGGACUUGUUGGCGGACUGCAGCAAGUGAUGAAACGAGAGCAGACACUGGAGGAGAAGGUUGCAGCCAAGGGAAGCACGGUUGCUGAUGUAAUCAUGUUUAGUGGAUGCAAAGACUCACAAACUAGUGCAGAUACGCAAGUGGCAGGACGAGCUACUGGUGCAAUGAGCUAUGCUUUGAUCAAGGCACUCACAUUGACUCCGAGUAUUUCAUAUGGUGCCUUAUUGCAAAGUGUGCGAAAUAUUUUAGUUUCCGAGUACUCGCAAGUCCCGCAACUUACCACAGCGAGAUAUAUGGACAUGAACCAAGGUUUUAUUGUUUGAAAUAAACAUCAGCUUUUAGGUCACAAA